AUGGUGACACAUCCAGGUGUUGCAGGUCUGAGUCGAAAUUCAUCGACCGGCCCGAUUGCUAGUGGCCGAACAUUCGUCAAUUCGGCAUACAAGCAGAAUUUGACAUUUCGACCCUCAAUGUGUCAUCCGUCAACGUCCGACAGCGAGUACUCUACGCCGCCGGAGACGUCAGCGGUGCGUAUUGCUAGUGGAAGUGGCAGUCGUAAAAAACCGCCCGCCCUGCAAUCGUCAGUUGGGUUAGCGACCCCUCGACAUGCUGUAGAGGAGUCAGUCGUUAUCGAACCACGCCCGUGUUUGUCGCCACGAGGCGAAAUAUCGGAAGGUCCCCUUGGCGAGUCCUCUAAUGCAAGGACCCCAGACCGUGUCAGUGUCGAGUCUUUCUCGGCCGAUUCCACGGAAGAAGGGAUGUUUCUGGACCGAUCACCAGACAACGGAGUCAGCGAUCUCGACGAACUGGACCUCGACCUCGUUGAAGACUGA